AUGUUUCUUCUUGGAUGGUUCAUUUGGUGGAUUUUAUCCACUCUUCACAUGCCAGGCUGUGGUUUGCAGAUUUCUGGAUAUGACAGCGAUGAAGUCAUUUGCUCACAGGGUCUCUCUGAAUGCGUCAUGAAAGAUGUGAUGCCUAUUCCUGCAGAAAAAGAUGAUGCUGUGGAAGUCCAAAACCUGAAGCCAUAUGUCAAACUCUGCUGCAGCAACAGCACUAAGCUGUGUACAUUGUGUCUGGUGAUAGACACUGAGCUCUAUAUCAGUCCAGAUAAGGACAUGCAGGACACAGACCACUCUGGGUUUGAUGACGAAACAAGGAAUGCAGAAGAACCUAACCUGCCCAUAUGCAAGAAGGUGGAGUUUACAAUCAAUCACACAGCUAUUAGUCAGCAAAACAAGGCAAAGAUGUCCAUGGUGAUCGUUAAUCCAGAUGGGAUUUUCUUCAGUAGUCAAGUGUUUGUUUAUCCUUCUAAAUCAAAGUUAUUUCAAGAAGUUCGUGCUCCAUCUCAAAAUGAAGUGUGUCACCAGGAGCUACAGGGACGUGUAAAAAUGUGUCCUGGUUCAGGCCCCGAGCUCAGCUUUGUGUAUCAAAAAGAGAUGAACUGUGUGGAGCUGCAGUUUGCUUACAGGAACAAGAGCCUCCCUUAUGUCUGCAUCCAGUAUGAGCAGAAUGGGACAUGUCAGAAUUGGAGCAGUUCAACCGUCCCACUGUUUUCUGUGACCCCCUGCAUGUGUUUCAAGGUGUGGGAUGAGGAUGAUGACAGGUUUAUGCACUUUCAACACUGCCCGUUCACAAAUAAAGAUGUCUUCCAAAAAAACGUGUGGCAGAACAUGACAGUGUCUGUAAGGCAGGGUCAAAUGAAAAACAAUGGCGGAAUGCUGUUGUGGAACCUGUCUGCCCCCUGCAGGCUGGAGGGUGAAGUGUGGCCCUGUCAUAAAGAAUUCAGCUGCACUGAGAUAGAGGGCUUAAGACAACAGCUGGCAACGGGCACAUGGAACCAAAACAGCAAAGGACUCUGGGAGAAAAGGGGGGUGUUUGAAGACAUCAGCCUUAAGCCUUCAUCAUGUGUUAUGGUGAAGGUAAUAGGAAUGGGACAUGAGCUGGGUCCAUUUUGUUUUAAGAAAACUGACAGGUGGCGCUGGAAUCUCCUGAUUGUUGGUGUUAUGCUGCUGGUUUGCUUGACUGCGCUCAUGUUUUAUUUGCUUCGUGCCUCUGUCAAGAAAUGGGUGCUGAGAUGGCAUUAUGAUGAAGAGAUUGUUAAAGAGGUUUGUGUGGUGCUGUUGAGUCCCCCAGAUGUGGAUGAUGAUGUUUCAAAGUCAGUUGAUCAGCUCAACUCUCUGCUCUGCAACCGUGGCUUCAGUGUGUCUGUGGACCAGUUAUGGUUGCAUGCCCAGCUGUUGGAGCCAAACACCCGAGUUGUGCUUGUUGUGACCCACAAAUCUUUGGAGAGAACUGAGGAAUGGGCCCAUCAGCACAAGGAGGUUGUCACAGAGGACAAGAGUCUGCCUGAGAAAUGGUCCCCUUAUGCUGAUGUGUUCACAGCAGCCCUUAAUAUCAUACAAGGGCACAAGCAGCUGGGCGGAGCUGGAGAACGCUUUAUUCUGGUGAAAUUUGAUACCCAUCUACACAGUCACAGGAAUCUACCAAAGCUUCUUCAGGGGCUGCCUCUGUUCAAGCUUCCCUCUCAGACUGAGGCUCUCCUAGCUGAGCUGAGGUCCCGUGGAAGAACAUGGAUAGGGUGGAAAAGGAAUGUCUCAGACAGAUGGCAAGCAAAGACUGAAAAGGGACCAGAGCAGCAGAAGAUAUAUUAA